AUGUUGAAGUCAAUCCUUCGUGCUAAAACUGCUGAAGCUCUAGUUGCAGCUCCAGCUCGCCUGUUGACAAUCGGGGAGGAAGAUUCUGGCCUGCAUUCGGGCGAAAAUGGACCUGGUGGUCAGGCUCAGAUUCCAGGAUACACACCAAACAGCGAGCUCGAUGAAGGGAACUUGACAUCGGAUUUCUUGGAUUGGCUUCAACAACAGAAUUCUCAGAUAAUCUGA